CCCCAAAGUCUCGUUCAUUCACUACAAGAUUUUGGGUACACUGAAGCUAAACCUUUUUCAUUGCGGCAAAAACACAAACACAACAAUGUCAUUUUCUGUAUCCAGGUUAAGGCACACUCUCUCCGUUCCCUCUCUCAAUGUUCUCCCAAUCUCCACUUUCCUUCUCCGAUUAUACUCUCAGCCUUUACCUUCCUUCAUCUCCAACGUCGACGACGCCAUUUCCUCCUUCAAUCGCAUCCUCUACGCCAACCCUACACCACCCAUUUUCGAAUUCGGUAAGAUUCUAUCUUCCCUCGUUAAAAUGAACCAUAUCCAUACUGCUAUUUCAUUUUCACAACAAAUGGAACUCAGAGGAAUUCAACCCAACAUUGUUACUUUAAGCAUCUUGAUUAACUGUUUCUGCCACCUCCGUCAACUCAAUUUUGCGUUUUCUGUAUUGGGGAAAAUUCUCAAGCUAGGUUAUGAACCUAAUACUGUAACAUUGACUACUCUUAUGAAAGGGCUUUGUCUUAAUGGGGAGGUGAAGAAAGCUUUGUGCUUUUGUGAUGAUGUUAUAGCUAAGGGGUUUCAGUUGAAUGAGUUUAGUUAUGGGACUUUGAUUGACGGGUUGUGUAAAGCGGGUGAGACGAAAGCUGCGUUGUUGUUGCUUAGAAUGCUCGAAGAGCAAUUGGUUAGGCCGAGCGUGGUAAUGUACACGACACUUAUUGAUAGUCUGUGUAAAAAUAUGCUUGUUUUAGAUGCAUAUGGUUUGUAUUCUGAAAUGGUGGAAAAGGGUGUUUUUCCUAAUGUUGUCACUUAUAGUACUUUGAUAUAUGGUUUUUGUAUUGUGGGUCGAUUGAAAGAUGCGAUUGGUUUGUUCAAUGAAAUGAUAUUGAAAAAUAUUAACCCAGAUGUUUAUACGUUUAAUAUAUUGAUUGAUGGUUUGUGUAAGGAAAGAGAGAUGAGAAAAGCUAGAAAUGUGUUGGGUGUGAUGGUAAAGAAUGGAGUGAAAGCUAAUGUUGUUACGUAUAGCUCUUUAAUGGAUGGGUAUUUUCUAGUCAAUGAAGUCAACAAGGCCAAAGAUGUAUUUGACGCCAUGACGAGAUGGCGAGUGGCUCCUAAUCUUCAUAGUUAUAAUAUUAUGAUUGAUGGAUUAUGUAAGCAUAAAAUGGUGGAUGAUGCUGCGAAGAUGUUUACAGAAAUGCAUUCCCGAAAUAUGAUUCCUAAUACGGUGACGUACAAUUCUCUUAUUUAUGGAUUUUGCAAAUCUGGGAGAAUCUCAGAUGUUUUGGAUCUUAUUGAUGAGAUGCGCGAUAGAGGUCAACCAGCUAAUGUGAUUACAUACACCUCUUUAAUAGAUGCUUUGUGCAAAAAUCAUAAUCUUGACAAGGCAAUUGAAUUAUUUACGGUAUUUAAGGAUCGGGGUAUCGAGGCUGAUGUGUAUACAUAUACAGUGCUAAUUGACGGAUUGUGCAAAGGGGGAAGACUUAAAAAUGCACUAGAGGUUUUUAGGAUACUUCUAAUUAAAGGUUAUCAUCUAGAUGUCUUGACAUAUACUGUUAUGCUCAGCGGCCUUUGUAAAGAGGGCAUGUUUGAUGAAGUAUUGGCUUUGCUUUCAAAAAUGGAAGAAAAUGGUUGCAUUCCUGAUGCCGUAACUUAUGAAAUAGUUAUUCGUGCUCUAUUCGAAAAAGGAAAGAUAGAUAUGGCAGAGAAACUUCUUACCGAAAUGGUUGCUAGAGGUCUAGUUCAUAUUGUUAUUGAAAGAAUAGCAGUGGUAAAUUUUUCUUCUGUUUUUUCUAGUCUUGACGUAUUGCAACUACGGUCUGUUGAUAUCAGCUCCUGUUGGGAUUUUUUUGAAGAAGCAAUGUCUUUGUUGAGAUCAAGGUACGCUCUCUCUCUUCCUUCUGCCAACUUGUUUCUUGUUCGAUUCUUCUCUCACAAUCACAAUCUUGUUUCUGUUGACGAUGCUGUUUCCUCAUUCAAUCGCAUGCUUAACAUGAACCCUAACCCACCCGUAUUUGAAUUUAACAAGAUAUUAGGUUCCCUUGUUAAGAUCCAACAUUACAAAACUGCGAUUUCCCUUUAUCAACAAAUGCAACUUAGAGGAAUUCCAACAGACAUUGUUAAUUUGAACAUCUUGAUUAACUGUUUCUGCCACCUUCAUCAACUCAAUUUUGCAUUUUCUGUAUUCGCCAACAUCCUCAAGCUAGGUUUUCACCCUGAUACAAUAACUAUUAAUACACUUAUCAGAGGUCUCUGUAACAGCGGCAAGAUUAACAAAGCACUUCAUUUUCACGAUGACGUUAGAGCGAACGGGUUUCAACUUGAUCAUUUUAGCUAUGGGACGUUGAUCGGUGGUUUAUGUAAAAUAGGAGAAACAAAAGUUGCUUUGCAGGUUCUUAAAAAGAUUGAAGGGUCCUUAGUUAAGCCUGACGUGGUAAUGUACAACACAAUCAUUGAUAGUUUGGGAAAGGAUAAACUUGUCAAAGAUGCUUUUGAUUUAUAUUCUGAAAUGAUUGUCAAAGGAAUUUCUCCUGAUAUUAUCACUUAUAGUACUUUAGUGAAUAGCCUUUGCAUUGUCGGUCAAUUGAAAGAAGCAGUUGGUUUGUUAAAUGAAAUGUCGUUGAAAAAUAUCAGCCCCAAUGUUCGUACUUUCAAUACAUUGAUUGAUGGUUUUUGUAAGGAAGGGGAGGUGGAAAAAGCUAGAAGUGUGUCGGCUGUUAUGAUAAAACAAGGCGUGAAACCUAAUGUUAUUACUUAUACUACUUUGAUGGAUGGAUACUUCUUGGUUAAAAAAGUGAACAAGGCUAAACACAUAUUCAACUCUUUUGUUCGAAGAGGAGUGAAACCUAAUACUCAUAGUUACACAGUCAUGAUAAAUGGAUUAUGUAAGAGUAGAAUGGUGGAUGAAGCUGUGAAUCUCUUCAAAGAAAUGCAUUUGAAAAACAUGGCUCCUGAUACUAUAACAUACAGUUCCCUUAUUGAUGGAAUUUGUAAAUCGGGGAGAAUCUCAGAUGUUUGGGAUCUCAUAGAUGAGAUGCAUGACAGAGGCCAACCUGCUAAUGUGAUCACUUAUAAUUCUUUAUUGGAUGCUUUGUGCAAAAACCAUAAGGUUGACGAGGCAAUUGCAUUAUUAACGAAGAUCAAAGACCAAGGGAUUCAUCCGGACAAGUAUACAUACACUGUACUUGUUGAUGGACUAUGCAAAAAUGGAAGACUUAAGGAUGCAGAGAAGGUUUUUCACGAGCUUCUGAUUAAGGGUUAUCAUUUAGAUGCUAAAAUGUACAAUGUGAUGGUUAAUGGACACUGUAAAGAGCGCUUGUUUGAUGAAGCAUUUUCCUUAAUGUCGCUAAUGGAAGACAACAAUUGCACACCUAAUUUUGUAACUUACGAAAUUCUUGUUCGUGCUUUGUUUGAAAAUGGAAAGAAUGAUAAAGCGGUGAAAGUUCUUCAUGAAAUGAUUGCUAAAGGUCUACUACAACAUUAAAACUAGGGGAGAUGUUUUUGUUAUUUUGAAUUUUAAAACAGCCAUCAAAUUCUCCAGAUCACCGGAACCUCUAAUCAAAGGCGUGUCCAGUGUCUGACACCAACACACGUGGUUACAUUCAAAUUAUUUAUAUUAGUCUAUUAAUAUUCAGUAAGUCAGACAAUUAGUGUUAUACCAUUCUUGCCAAUUAUGAUCACAGUUGCUUGUUGGAUGUAUGAAUGAAUCCUUGGCCUGUUUCUGAAACUA